AUGCCUGUCAUUGCCGCUGGCGUGGUGAACAAACAAGGCCACAUCAUUCUCUCGCGGAACUUCAAUGAAAUCUCGCGGAUUCGUAUUGAGGGCCUUCUCUCCGCGUUCCCGCGCCUUUUGGAGUCGUCGGUCAACAAACAGGUGACCUACAUUGAUGCCGGUGCGGUGCGGUACGUGUACCAGCCGCUCGAGGAACUCUUUCUCGUCCUCAUCACGACAAAAAACAGCAACAUCGUUGAGGAUCUGGAGACGCUGCACCUCAUGGGUCGCCUCAUUCCAGAGUACGUGGACGCGGUCACUGAGGCAAUGCUGGAGGCAAAGGCGUUUCGUGUCUUUUUUGCCCUCGACGAAGUCAUCGUGGGAGGCAAGCGGGAGAGCACGACCUUGGAGCAGAUCCGAACGUAUCUUGAAAUGGACUCGCAUGAGGAGAUGAUGGUGCGCGAGGAGAAGCGGCUGCAGAUGGAGCGGGCGAAGAAGGAUGCAUCACGCAAGGCGCAUGAGCUGCGUGACAAGCGACGCAAGGGGCUGAAUCCGUACAGCGGCAUCAGUUCGGAGGACCCGGGCUACGGGGGCUUCGGCAACGCGAGCGCGCCCGUAGUAGUCACCGGCGGCGGUGAGUCUGCCAUGUUGUCAAAUGCGAUGGGGAGAAUAUCGCCUAUGCCUACCGCAUCCGCGGCGGCAGCGCCGGCGCCGAAGCGGACUGGAGGGCUAACUCUUGGUCGUGCAAGGAAGGCGGAUAUUACGUCGCGGGUUUUGAAGGAGGCGGGGCUGCCGCCACCCACCAAUGCCGCUCCCGCCUCGGCCCAGCCGCCGUCGGCGCUAACCACGGGAGCCGGCGGAGGCCUGGAUCAAAAGAAGGGGCUGCAUGAGGGAGGCGUGGAGGGCCUUCACAUUGUGGUGGAAGAAAAGAUUAGUGCCCAACUUAACCGUGACGGGGAGGGUGGUGCGGUGGACAUUCGCGGCGAACUAUCCGUGCUCGUCUCGGACCCGCAGUUGGCAAACGUGCGGCUUAUCCUUUCUCCCAUGAGCAGUGAGUUCUCCUUCCGUGCCCACGCCAAGGUGAACAAGGAAAUAUUUGCCGAAGACCAUGUGCUCUCCAUGCGUGACAACAAGCCGUUGCCGGUGCAGCAACAGGUGACAAUUUUGCGGUGGCGUCUCCUUAACCCCGAGGGCGUGCGCCCGCCCAUCAUGCUAUCGUGUUGGCCAAGCGCGAGGAGUGCCACGGUGGAAUACGAGUUGGGGAACGCCAACGCCGCCGCCGACGCCCUCCACGACGUCCGCAUCUCCUUCCCACUGCAUGGCGCCAGGGCCGAGGCAGUCACACCCUCCGUGGGCAGCUGGAGCAUCUCCCAUGGAUGCGUUGUUUGGUCCAUUCCACUAGUGGACGCCCAUCAUCAUGCAACUGGCAAUGUAGAGAUUGAACUUGCAGGGGACGGCGAGGGUGCGGCGGCGGGGAGUGAAGUGUUCUUUCCUGUGGAUGUCAGCUUCACCUCCCGCGCGACCGUCGCAAAGGUGCGGGUUGUUGAGGCGGUGCAAACUGACAGCGGGGUGCCAGUGCAGUUCAGUCAGGAGGCACGCCUUGUCGCGGAAUCGUACGCUGUCGCUUGA